UUUAAAUCUUAUGUAAAACAAAACAUUAUAUUUAUUUACCAAGAAAUUCUCUAAAUUUCCCCAUUUCACCGGUCCUUUAUUUUCUUUGAAUGCUCCAAAAUCCACCGCAACUGAAACCCGCUAUCCCGAGCAGAGGAAGAAACGCCACCAUGAGAAUCAGAUAAUGAAGAAGAACAUCGUAUAUUCAUCAUCUCCAACUGUUUUGUCUUCAAGUUUUUGUUAAAAUUUCAGAGUAUUUUUCCGGUUUUGUUUUUUGAUUUCUAGAUGGAACGUUGGAGUGGAGUUUUGAGAGUCCCUCUGCAUCCUAAUAGCAGGAGAUUCCAUAGGGUUGGUGUGUCUCUCUGCCUUUCUCCGGAAACCAAAACACUUUGUGUUCCUAUCGCCAAUGCUAUAUUUUUUUUGGGUGACCGGGUGGAAGGGUCAGGUAACCCAGUGAUUGAGAGGAUAUCAAAUUUACAAAAUCUAUCUGAAAUUGUUGUGACCAAAUUUGGUUCUUCGAUCAAUGCUUGGGUUAUUGAGGCUUCUGUUUUUAAUGGACCUUUUGCUGUCUACAAGGACUUCAUACUGUCCAUGAAUCAAUAUGGAGAACCAAGUUCAUAUAAUCCAAUUGAUUUCCCUGCAUCUACAUCAACUGUGUCGCUCUUAUCUAAUUGCCUGGAAGAAGCAAAAAAAGUUAUCUUAGGAACGCAAGUAGAUUCAAAGUCUGGCUGCACUUCUGCCUGUUCUUUCUCUCAGCCCGAGACAUUCAUCCUUGGAUUUAGCAAAGGUGGAACUGUGCUGAACCAGAUAAUUACUGAACUGGGAUUCUCAGAUAUUGGUUCUAACGUGAAUUCACCCGAUGUGGGAUCUGAGGAUAUUUACAUUGUUCCCAAAACAAAUGAAGACUUACUGAACAGCAUCAGCGAUAUUCAUUAUGUUGAUGUUGGUCUGAACACUGCUGGGGCAUACCUAACUAACCAUGAUGUGUUUGAGAGAAUCUCCAAAAGGCUCAUGCAAGGAGCUCCUCAACUCCGUUUUAUCCUUCAUGGCACACCGAGACAAUGGAGUGACAAACGUCGUGAUUGGAUACGGAAUGAAAAAGAUAAAAUGCUGCAUCUUCUUGAAUCUGAAGUGCGUAAGAGUUUGGGAAAAAUAAAAGUAUUCUCAAGGUAUUAUUUUGCUGAUAUGCCUCCAAGUAUGCAGAUGCACUUUGAAAUAAUAGAAAGUUUAGACGUAAGUUAGCACUUCAUACUCGAUGGUUCCAAUGAUAGAUUUCUUAGUUAUCAGGAUAAAUGCAAGUAAUGUACAUUCGUUCUACUUGAAUGUUUCAAAGAACAAUUAUAGUUUAGUUACAUUUAUCCUUAUAAUGAUGACAUCUUUCAGUGGACUAGCAACA